CGGAAUCCACCAGUUGACCAGAAGAGGCAGGUCUUCCCGAAGCUCCUCUCCCAGCCAUGAAGCCUCUCCUGCUGACCUUGCUGGGCCUGCUCAUCCCCACCUCCCUGGCAGUGGAGCGACGUUACUACAUUGCUGCUGUAAAGACAGAGUGGAACUACGGCAACAGGUCCGGUCCCUCCUAUACGAAGGUGGUAUAUAGAGAAUAUAAUGCUGGUUUCCAGCAGGCCAAGAAGCACCAACAAUGGUCAGGCUUGCUGGGCCCCACCUUGCGUGGACAGGAAGGAGAUGUUAUCAUAGUGACUUUCAGGAACAUGGCGGACAGAGAAUAUAGCAUCCACCCACACGGCAUUGCUUAUGGCAAGCAGUCAGAGGGGGCCUUCUACUUUGAUAACACCUCACCAUUCGAGAAGAAGGAUGACAAGGUACUGCCGGGGAAAGAGCACACGUACUACUGGGAGGUGACCCCUGAGGUGGCCCCCAAGGAGGCUGACCCCCCCUGCCUCACCUACACCUACCUUUCCCACUGCGACUUUGUGAAGGACUUCAAUUCUGGCCUAAUUGGAACCUUGAUGGUUUGCAAAAACGGCAGCCUGGACAGCUCUGGUCAGCAGGUCCAUUUCUCGAAGGAAUACGUUCUUCUCUUUGGUGUUUUUGAUGAGAGUAAUAGCUGGUACCGUACAGAGCUGACCUCCUCAAAGAAUCACAAAAUGUACACUAUCAAUGGCUACGCCAACGGCUCAGUCCCUGACCUGAACGUAUGUGCCUACACUUCUGUGAGCUGGCACCUGGUGGGCAUGAGCUCAGAGCCAGAGAUCUUCUCCGUCCACUUCAAUGGACAGGUGCUACAACAUGAUGGCCACAGGAGGUCUUCUUUGGGCCUGGUCAGCGGCACUGCCACCAGCACAAACAUCACCACUGUACACCCAGGACGUUGGCUGUUGUCGUCUUACAUCAGUGUGCAUCUGGAAGCUGGAAUGCGCGGCUUCGUGGAGGUUCAGGUCUGCAAGGAUAUAGCACCCCCCGUACGAAAGAUCACAAUCCAACAGAAGCGCAAUAGCCAGGAGUGGACCUACUACAUUGCUGCCGAGGAGAUUACAUGGGAUUACGCACCAAACAUGCCUCAUUAUACUGACAGUGAGUAUCAAACGAAAUAUCUGAAGCAGGGUCCCAAUAGGAUCGGCAAGAAGUACAAAAAAGCAGUUUUUGUGGAAUAUGUAAAUGAAACAUUUACAGUGAAAAAGGACAACAAGCUGCGGAAGAUGGAGACAGGAAUCUUGGGUCCCGUGAUUAGAGCUCAGAUCAGGGAUGUUGUGAAGAUUGUCUUCAAGAACAAGGCAACCCGGCCGUACAGUAUCUAUCCGCAUGGGCUGACUAUUGAUAAAGAUGCAGAGGGUGCUUACUAUCCUGAGGGAGGAAAUCAGACUCAUUCGGUGCAGCCUGGGGAAACAUAUACAUAUGUGUGGAAGGUAAUCGAUGAGGAUGAGCCAACCAACAGGGACCCACAGUGCUUGACGAGAAUGUACCACAGUGCAGUGAACCCUCUCAGAGACAUGGCAUCUGGCCUCAUAGGGCCCUUACUCAUCUGCAAGAGCCAAUCCCUCAACAAGAGGAAUGUUCAGUUGAAGGCAGAUAAAGAACAGCAGGCAAUGAUGGCUGUUUUUGAUGAGAACAAAAGCUGGUACAUUGAUGAAAACAUCAAGACAUACUGCACUGUUCCUUCAAGAGUGGACAAGGAAAACACAGAGUUUUAUAAUUCAAAUGUGAUGCAUACGAUAAAUGGUUUUGUAUAUGACAGUGGAACAGACUUGCUAUUCUGCAACGGUGAAAUAGUGACCUGGCAUGUGACCAGUGUUGGGGCACAAGAUCACAUCCAAACUGUCACAUUUUAUGGCCAUAAUUUUGAGCUGGAUAAGAGGACAGAGGAUGUGUUAGCCCUAUUUCCCAUGACUGGAGAGACCAUCUCAAUGACCAUGGAUAACUUGGGUCACUGGCUUUUGAGUUCAUUAAACUCUUUCGACAUGAAGAAAGGAAUGAGAUUGAAGUUUAAAGACCUCGAAUGCUACAGGGAGUUCUAUUACUAUGAGGACUACAGGCAGAACCCAAAGGUUCCCGAGUCUGAUCAUGUAACGGAGUGGAAACCGGUAAAGCCCAGUGAAAAAAUAAAAGAAGAAGAAGUUAAGACGAAGGAUGAAAAUGAAAAAAAAACAGAAGUGGAUGCAACUACUGAUUACUGGGUAAACAUGCUUGGCCUUCGUUCGAUUAGAAAUACAUCAGCGGGAUUAAAGGAUGAUAUGGAGAACAUAGAUCUCUCUGUAUUCGAUUAUACAGACCAAUUAUCACCAGCUGGAAAUGCAACGAGAAAUCAAAGUCUCACCCAGUCCACACUGACAAAGAACGGCACUGAUACAGACUGCAACUACAAUAAGACAAGCAAGUGUGAGAAGCCUGGUGAAAUAGCUACUUUCAAUGAAGCUAAUACGAGUGAGGGUUCUUACAAUGACAGUAGAAUUUGGAAUACCACAAGGAGACUAGAAGAAAGUAUAGAUCCUUUGUGGCCUGGUCAUGAAGAUUCACCUGAUAAAGACUUUGCAGGCAAAACUAACAUCAAUGAGAUAGACGGAAACAGUCGUAUUGACUCUACCCAACAAAUCAAUACCACCACAGAGGUUAUUAGCACAGUGGAGCAGGUAACAACACCAAGACCAAUGAUCCAGCUGAACGAGAAUGAUGUUCAGGGGACAAAACAGUCAUCUGACACAGCAGAAGGUUUAUUUGUUGUAAAUACAACAGAUAAGAGAGACAAUACAACAGCAGACAGUUAUGGGCUGGGAAUCUCCAACUACUCCACCAACAUCUCCUUCCACGAUGAAGAUAAGGGAGAGAAUGCAACUGCUGACAGUUACAUGCUGGACAUCUCCAACACCUCCACCAAUAUCUCUGUGUGGGACAAUGAAGAUUUUGAUUCUAUAGGAAGUGACAAUAAAAAUGUGCUUGCAAUGAACCACUCAGCUGAUCAAAAUGUGCAUUCUUGUAAUAUAUGUACCAAUAUGUCUUUCCACGAUGAAGAUAAGGGAGAGAAUGCAACUGCGGACAGUUACAUGCUGGACAUCUCCAACACUUCCUCCAACAUCUCCGUGGGUGACCACUCAGCCGAUCAAAAUACUGUGAAUUUUUAUAACAUAUCUACCAAUAACUCUUUUCGUGGUGAAGAUAAAGAAAGCUUACUUGACAACACAACAUCUGACACAGAUGGUAACAAUGCCACUGAUUAUAAUGGAAAUAUAUUUAGCAACAUUAAGAACGAAGACACAUCUCUGAUCAUAGAUAAUAUUACAAGACAAAGUAAUCAAAGUUUAACUGAAGGAGUUAUAACAUCAAACUUGUUCCAAGACACCCAAGACAUUCUGAAUAGAACUAAAAUUAAUAUAACAGAAGAUGUAAGGCCUUCUGAAAUUCAACCAACACAAGGCAACUUAAGUUUCUUCUCCGGAGCAACCUCAACACCAGACUUGUCCCAAACAAACACAGACAUUCUGAACAGAACCUAUAUGAAUUUAACAAAAGAAGUGAAACCCAACGCAGAUCAGUCAGCUUAUGAGGAAAAGGUUCAUCACACUGCAGUAAAAUCUUCAGAUUAUGACUACUCAAGCUCAGAGGAAACAUUGUUAGAGAACAAAAAGUCCAUGAGUACAGGUGGCAAAAGUACUUUGCUUCCUGGAUUGAAGAAUGUUUCAUCUUUGGAAAAUGAUGUUGACGCGUCAGUGAAUGGAACACACACCUUGGAUCCCCAGGCACACGAUCUUUUUAUCAAUGCAUCCAAGACGUCCUUAGCUCAUGGUAAGGAUGCAGACAACAGCUCUGAGAAGAAACUGAAUUUCAGUGAUGAGGAAGAAGACAUAGUAAUUUACGUUAAAAAUAACAGUAAGGAGGCUAUUAUCAGCAGCUUCUUGGAUCAAAAAAUGGAACACUGGGGCUACGAAGGACAGCAUAGCAUGGUGGCUAUGGAAAUAAGUGAUCACAUGACCAAAUACAUCAAAGGAGAUUCGAAUCUUGUUCUGGAAAAGACAAAUGCAGAAAAAAAGAAGAAGAAAUAUAAAAAAAUGAGGCCACAAAAAGACCAGGCAGUCAAAACUAGGAAAAAAAUGGUAUAUAAGCCACAACCCAGAAGUGAAAUCUCACCGAGGGGGAUCCCGCCCCCUGCUUUCAGCCCAAGAGGGACAAGACCCCUGUACAGUCAUGAAGAUUUGACUGAAAAAGCAGUGGUUAUAGGCGUCCCUAGGCAAGAUUUCAAUGACUAUGAUUUAUACACGCCGACCCUGACUGACUAUGACCAUAUUAACAUCCUCGCCGAAGAACACAAAGAAGAAGAAUAUGAAUUUGUGAAUUACAAGCAACCUUACAGCCAGACAAACGUAAUCACAAAAAAUUAUGUCUCACAAGUAUCAGGGGAAAAUGUGCGAAUAUAUUUCAUCGCUGCACAAGAGGUUGAAUGGGAUUAUGAAGGAUACGGACCAAGGAGACAGGAGAGAUCAAACCUCGAAAAUGGGCCUACAAAGCUCACUAAGGUCGUUUUCCAAAGAUAUCUGGACAUCAACUUCAGCAAAGUUGACACCCGGGGAGAAGUUGAUGAACACCUUGGAAUUCUUGGUCCAGUUAUAAAGGCUGAAGUGGAUGAGACCAUCAUGGUUUUUUUCAAAAACCUCGCCAGCAGACCGUAUUCUUUGCAUGCGCACGGUGUUUCUUACACAAAACAAAUGGAAGGAAUGACAUACGAUGACGACUCUCCUCAAUGGUAUCAACUUGAUAAUGAGGUUAAACCGCAAGAAACGUACAGCUACGUCUGGACUGUGGGUUCCAAUGCUGGGCCGAAGCCUCAUGAGUCGGACUGUAGAACAUGGGUUUACUAUUCUGCGGUGAACCCCGAAAGAGAUAUCAAUUCGGGCUUGAUCGGCCCGCUGCUAAUCUGCCGGAAAGGAACACUGAGCAAGGAGAUGAAGGACAUGAGGGAGUUUUUUCUACUGUUCAUGACGUUUGAUGAAACUAAGAGUUGGUAUUAUGAAAAAAAUGUGGAGAGAAUCGAGAGGCAAAACAAAAAGGCUGUUUCACAGAGCAAAGACAACCUGAAAUUCCCUGCUAUAAAUGGCAUCAUCUACAGUUUAAAGGGACUCAGGAUGUAUGCAAACCAAUUGGUGAGGUGGCAUGUGUUCAACAUGGGCUCCCCAAAGGACGUUCACAGCAUUCAUUUCCACGGACAAACUUUUGUGCAAAAACAGAAGCAGGAUUAUCGCCAAGGUGUUCAUCUACUGCUUCCUGGUAGCUUUGCAACUCUAGAGAUGUUACCUUCAAGACCAGGACUUUGGUUGCUAGAAUCCGAAGUGGGGGACUCCCAGCAGAAAGGGAUGCAGACACUGUUCCUGAUUGUAGAUAACGACUGUGAACAUCCAUUGGGUCUAGCCUCCAACAGUGUAAAGGAUGACCAAAUUACGGCCUCUAAAUACACAGGAGAGUGGAAACCCUAUUUGGCACGACUACACAACACAGGACAGCACAACGCCUGGAGCACAGAUGAAGCUUCUUCCGAAUGGAUCCAGGUGGACUUCCAGCGGCCGGUGGUGAUCAGCAAAGUGGCGACACAAGGCGCUAGCCGGUUCCUUAAAUCUCACUAUGUCUUGAACUACACGAUUUCCUACAGGACUGAUGGGAAAAAAUGGGUCUCAUACAAGACAUUUACAGGGAACGAGAAUUCCCAUGAUGUCAAAGAGAAUACUUUCUUCCCUCCUUUAAUUGGUCGGUAUAUCCGGCUCCACCCACUCCAUUCCUAUAACAGACCAACGGUACGCAUGGAGUUCUACGGAUGUGAGCUCGAUGGCUGCUCAGUGCCAUUAGGAAUGGAAGAUGGGAGGAUUGGUAAUGACCAGAUCACAGCCAGCUCAGCUGCCCCCAGCUACUUCCAUGGUCCUUGGCAUCCCUGGCUUGGUCGCCUCAAUGCCCAGGGAACUGUCAAUGCCUGGCAAGCGAAGAACAACAACAUGGAUCAUUGGCUACAGGUAGAAUUAAGAGACAUCAAGAAAAUUACAGGAAUUGUGACUCAGGGAGCAAAAUCUUUUGGGACAGUGAUGUACGUCAUGGCAUAUACAAUACAAUACAGCAAUGAUGGGAAAACCUGGAUAACAUACACAGACGAAGAACAAAUGAGUUACCCAAAGAUAUUCGUGGGAAACACUGAUAACAAUAGUCAUGUUAAAAACUACAUAUACCCUCCAAUAUUUUCUAAAUUUAUAAGAAUUGUCCCUCAAAGGUGGCAAAAUUCUAUAACAAUGAGAGUUGAACUGCUAGGCUGUGAUUUUGAGUGAAGCAAUGUAGUUAACUGAAAUACUGUUUUGCAACUUUAACAUACAGAAAAUUGUUAUAUUUACUAACAUGUGUACACAAAUGGAAGCUACAUGCUUCUAUAUCUUAUUUUUUUGGUCAAGUAAGGCUGUAAUUCAGGAAUGAAUAUGUAAAUAUGUAAGUACUUCAUAAAUAAAUCAUACAACUAAAUUGUC